AAUUCAACUUGAGAAUCCGCCAACAACUCACCGGAAUCCAACCACCCAUUUCGCCGGAAAUUCAGCAGGAAAAUGGGUUUGUUCCAAAAUUAAUGCAACACCGACAUGGUGGAAGAGAAAGCCGACAUCGCCGGAACAAAUACCGGAAAUUUAAGGCUCCGGCAUGCCACUGAUCAGCUCUCUUCUUUAAUCUUCCUUUCUCAGUCAAUCAAAGUCUUCUCUUCAAAAUGGAAACUGAUAAGAAACAAGGUAGACGAGAUUCUAUCCAUCCUCGCCUCUCUCCCUCCGGAAAUUCAAGCUUCCGCCGACAACCCAACUCUUUCCGGCAUCAUUCAGUCCAUUGAAGAAACAACAGAUUAUUCCAACAGUUUGGCUCAGAAAUGUAUUGAACAUUCCUACAGCGGGAAGCUAUUAAUGCAGAGUGAUCUUGAUAUAAUCUUUGUGAAAUUCGACAAUAACGUAAAGUCUUUGUCUGAAUUGGUUAACUCAGAUGGGUUUUUGUUAAACGGUAAUUACGCAAUUGUAGUAUCAAGACCUGGACCCGCAGCAUCUCGAGACGACAUCAAGUUUUAUGUUAAAGAUUUGUUAUGCAGAUUCAAGAUUGGUCGCAUUGAGAUGAAGAAACAAGCUCUUGUUAGCUUCACCGAAGUGAUUCAAGAAGACGAGAGGUAUGUAAAGAUUGCAAUGGAAAUUGAUGGUCUUGUUCAUGUUUUGCUGAAAUUUUUGAAUUCAAAAGAAGCUGGGAUUCAAGAAGAGGCAUUAAAAAAUGUUGCUAUAAUUUGUGGGUUUGAUGCAUAUAAGAGUGUUUUAGUCGGAAUUGGUGUUGUUGCCCCACUGAUUAGAAUGUUAGAGACUGGUAGUGAUUUGGGUAAAGAACUGGCCACCAGGUGUUUGAUGAAAGUCACAGCCAAUUCUGAUAACGCCUGGUCGGUUUCUGCUCAUGGUGGGGCGUCUGCAUUAUUAAAGAUUUGUGGGAGUGGUUGUGAUGAUCUUGGUGGUGAAUUGGUUGGUUUGGCUUGUGGGGUUUUGCGAAAUCUAAUCGGCGUUGAUGAAAUAAAGAGAUUUGUGGUCGAAGAAGGGGCAAUACCAAUGUCCAUCAAGCUUGUUAGGUCCAAAAACGAGGCUUCACAAAUAAGUGCCAUUGAUUUCAUUCAAGUUAUGGCUUCUGGGAACGAAUUUGUGAGGGGUUUGAUCGUGAAAGAAGGUGGGAUUCGUGUUCUUGUUCGCGUUCUUGAUCCAAAGUCUUCAUAUUCAUCCAAAGCCCGAGAGAAAUCCAUGAGGGCGCUCAUGAGUUUAUGUUCAGAUUCAAUUGGAUGCAUGAACAGUUUAAAAACCUACAGUUUUAUGGAUCACAUACUCCAUUUUCUUCACGAUGGCGAGGUUCCGAUCCAAGAAUCAGCCUUGAGGGCUGCAUCUUGGCUAAGUGGGACUUCAGAUGAGUUGAAGAAAGCAAUGGGUGAUGCAGGAUUCAUGCCAGAAAUCGUAAAAUUCCUCGAUGCAAAAUCAUUCGAAGCACGAGAGAUUGCAGCAGAAACUCUUUCAAACUUGUUGGUUGUGCCCAGAAACCAAAAAAGGUUCGUGCAAAAUGAUCAAAAUGUCAACUUCCUUCUGCAAUUGAUGGAUCCAAAUGAAGGCAGUAAUUCAGGUAACAGAAAGCAUUUACUUUCCAUAAUCAUGUCAUUAACCUUGUGUAACGAUGGUCGAAAGAAAAUUAUAAGCUCUGUGUACUUGAAAAACAUAGAAAAACUUGCAGAUGAUCAAGUUUUAGAUGCUAAAAAAAUUAUUAGGAACUUAUCGUCGAAUCGGUUCCGAAGCAUGAUUAGGGGAAUUUGGCAUUCUUAAUUCAUCUGUAAUUUGAUCACUUGGCAAUUGCAUGUAAAUCUUGAUUUUGUUUGCUUAAAAGAAAACAAUGAACAUUAGAUCCU